UGUCGUAUCGCGCCGAGCAGAAAGACAACAUUAAGUUGACAAUGGCAGAAGUAGCUCCAGCUCCCGCCGCCGCCGCCGCCGCCGCCCCGGCUAAAGCAGCCAAGAAGAAGGUUUCCAAACCGAAGAAGGCCGGCCCCAGCGUCAGCGAGCUCAUCCUGAAAACUGUGGCCGCAUCCAAGGAGCGCAGCGGCGUGUCUGCGGCCGCCCUCAAGAAGGCUCUGGCUGCCGGAGGCUACGAUGUGGAGAAGAACAAGGCCCGCGUCAAGACCGCCAUCAAGGGCCUGGUGGCCAAAGGGACUCUGGUCCAGACCAAGGGGACCGGGGCCUCCGGAUCCUUCAAGAUGAGCAAGAAGACGGCCGAGCCCGCAGCCAAGAAGAAGAAGCCGGCAGCAGCAGUCAAGAAAGCCUCCGCUCCUAAAGCCAAGAAGCCCGCAGCAGCAGCAGCAGGAGCAGGAGCAGGAGCCAAGAAAGGCAAAGCAGCAGCGGCCAAAAAGCCCAAAGCAGCGGCCGCCAAGAAGCCCGCAGCCGCUAAGAAGUCCCCGAAGAAGGCCAAGAAACCCGCGGCAGCGGCGGCAGCCAAGAAAGCCGUGGCCAAGAGCCCCAAGAAGGCCACCAAGAGCCCCAAGAAGGUGGUGAAGAAAGCUCCUGCAGCCAAGAAAGCCCCCGCAAAGAAGGCUGCAAAGCCCAAAGCCAAGAAGGCAGCACCCAAGAAGAAGUGAGCUGUCAGCAGUCUGAAUGUGUCCGACUAAAGGCUCUUUUAAGAGCCACCAACACUCACCUUAAAGAGCAAGGUCCUGGUUAUUAUUGUUACUGUUGUUGUUAUCUCCAGAUGUUAGGAGGUUUUCUAUUAUUGUUACAAUGUAACCUGAGCUGAGGCUGUCUGUCAACACUGAUGAAGACAUAUAAAGGUAAAAUGUAUCAUAAUGUAUUAUAGAAAACAAAUAUCUGAGGAGAGCCAGUCAGCUAAUUUAUAUUUUUCACUCUUUUAUAUUUGAGGAUUUUUUUGUAUAGUGAUUGUAUGAAACAUAAAAUAUUAGAACAUGAAGGAGAAAACAACUUUACUCACUUUACUAAGAGUGAGACAAACUAACCUGAAUACAGAAAUCUUCACAUUGGAUUUACAGUAAUAAUAAUUUGUUUUGUGUAACCUAAAACUCAUAAUUAAUCAGUGUUACGGUUAUACGAGAACAAUAACAUUUUAGUUUUUAUAACAGUGACAUGAUAAUCAAACUGACCCUGGAACAUAAUGAGCAUAUUGAACAUAUAACAUGUCUUUAUGUCUAAUACAUCUUUAGGCCGUUAACAU